CGUCUGCUUUUACUUAUCUCUUCUACAGUCUUCUGAAGAUUCCAGACUCAAACUGAAAAAAAUAAAAAAUGAUGGCUGACAUCAGCAAGCUAAUGGACAAUGAAGUGGUCAUGGCCUUUGCUUCCUAUACAACAAUCAUUCUUUCAAAAAUGAUGUUUAUGAGUGCUGCGACCGGGUUCAGUAGAAUGACAAGAAAGGCUUUUGUCAACCCAGAAGACUGUGCAAGUUUUGGCAAAGGUGAAAAUGCCAAGAAAUUUCUCCGUACAGAUGACAGAGUGGAACGUAUUCGCAGAGCCCACCUGAAUGACCUUGAAAACAUCGUGCCAUUUCUGGGCAUUGGCCUUCUGUAUUCCUUGAGUGGUCCAGAUCUCUCAACAGCCCUCCUGCACUUCAGGCUUUUUGUUGGAGCCCGGAUCUACCACACAAUUUCCUAUUUGCUGCCCCUUCCCCAGCCAAACCGUGCCUUGGGCUUCUUUAUUGGGUAUGGAGUCACUAUCUCAAUGGCCUAUAGGUUGCUGAAGAGUAAAUUGUACCUCUAAGGAGAAUCAUGCAACUCAUCCAUCUAUUAUUUUCUAAGUAUUCUUACUUUCAAUUCCUGAUGAGUACUUCCUUAGAUUUCAAGUUAGAGGGAAAUGGAAAUUAAGAAUUGGGGGCAAUCUAUUUUCAAUAUUAACUUCACUGGCAUCCUUUAUUUUUGUUUUCUAUUUGCACUAGACACUGAACAUUCUUCUCAUCUUUUGUGAGAUCCCUAGAGUACUUUGCUCUACAUUUUAAUAGUAAUUGGUAGCAUUCCGUCAACAGUUGAUAUUUUAAAUCUAUGACAUGUGCUGCUGUGUAUGCCAAACCUGCAUUUCAAUACUGCUGAGAGAGACAUAUGAAAUAAAGAAUCUAAAGACUA